GGAGGAACACGUGAAACAGCUGCGGCUGGCAGAAACUUGCUGCUCGUCUCCCGGGUGGCAUCGCACGGUACCGCGGACAGCCCGGCCUGGGGACGAUGAGGUCGUCUUGCGUUCUACUGGCCGCGCUGCUGGCGCUGGCCGCCUACUACGUGUACAUCCCACUGCCCGGCGCCGUGUCCGACCCCUGGAAACUGAUGCUGCUGGACGCCACUUUCCGCGGCGCGCAGCAAGUGAGCAGCCUGAUCCAUUCCCUGGGACUGAGCCACCAUCUGAUCACACUGAAUUUCAUCAUCAUCUCUUUUGGCAAGAAAAGCGCAAGGUCUUCUCCGAAAGUGAAGGUGACGGACACCGACUUCGAUGGGGUAGAAGUCCGAGUAUUUGAAGGCACUCCGAAACCGGAUGAGCCCUUGCGACGCAGCGUGGUCUAUAUCCACGGAGGAGGCUGGGCCUUGGCCAGUGCAAAAAUCAGCUACUAUGACCAGCUGUGCACAUCGAUGGCUGAGGAGCUGAACGCCGUCAUCGUCUCGAUCGAAUACAGGCUGGUCCCACAGGUUUAUUUUCCGGAGCAAAUCCAUGAUGUCAUCCGCGCCACUAAAUAUUUCCUGCAGCCGGAAGUCUUAGACAAGUACAAGGUCGACCCUGGAAGGGUCGGCAUUUCCGGAGACAGCGCUGGUGGGAAUCUGGCUGCAGCCCUGGGACAGCAGUUUACCUACGAUGCCAGCCUGAAGAAUAAGCUCAAACUGCAGGCUUUGAUCUACCCGGUCCUGCAGGCUUUGGAUUUCAACACACCCUCUUACCAGCAGAGCAAGAACACUCCCAUCCUGCCGCGCCACGUCAUGGUCAGGUACUGGGUAGACUACUUCAAGGGCAACUACGACUUCGUAGAGGCGAUGAUUGCGAACAAUCACACUUCCCUUGACGUAGAACGGGCUGCAGCCCUCAGGGCCCGUCUCGACUGGACCUCCUUGUUGCCCUCAUCCAUCAAAAAGAACUACAAGCCUGUCCUGCAGACCACAGGGGACGCCAGGAUCGUCAGGGAGAUCCCCCAGCUGCUCGAUGCCGCGGCCUCUCCGCUCGUCGCAGAGCAGGAAGUGCUGCAGGCUCUCCCCAAGACCUACAUCCUCACGUGCGAGCAUGACGUCCUGCGCGACGACGGGAUCAUGUACGCCAAGCGCUUGGAGAGCGCGGGGGUGAACGUGACCUUGGACCACUUCGAGGACGGCUUCCAUGGUUGUAUGAUUUUCACAAGCUGGCCGACCAACUUCUCCGUGGGGAUCCGGACUAGGAAUAGUUACAUCCAAUGGCUGGAUCAAAACCUGUGAUGGAGGAGAGUCCUCGGACAGCACGGAGCUCUUGACCUCCGUUUACUUUGGGAAGACCUGCGCAUUUCAAUCAUCUGCACCUUUUCCUCGUUUUGCAUUAGUUCUGAAAUCUGGACCCUACAGACCUUAUGAUCCUUUACAGAGUGACUCUGACUCACGCGGUUAAAAAAACGUCUGAACUUGGUUUCCCAAGUGACUUGCUUUUGCUGUUCUUUUUUGAAGCCCAAGUGCUGAGUCGGAAUGGCCAGUUUGAGGGGUUAGAAAUAGCCUUAGGUCCUGCCUCUGUUGUGUGCGUUCCAGAAGUAGGUUUUGUUUUUUUUUUUUUGUUUUUGGUUUUUUUUUUUUUUUUUUUUUUUGAGACAGGGUUUCUCUGUAUAGCCCUGGCUGUCCUGGAACUCACUAUGUAGACCAGGCUGGCCUCGAACUCAGAAAUCCGCCUGCCUCUGCCUCCCAGAGUGCUGGGAUUACAGGCAUGUGUCACCGCUGCCCAGCCCAGAAGUAGUUUUAACAGCAUUUUUAGGUGAGGUAGUAAAUUCCUAGGAACAACAACAGCGACACAACCAUGCGCUUUUCUUCCGUUUGCGCAGGUUGGUGUGGGCUGCAGAGCAGAGGCCCGUGGACACCCCGAGGCCAGCCCUUUGGACUGCGUGUCCCCAGCCUCGAGGAUGGUGGUGUUUCCUUGUGGGAAUUUUGACAGGAUUUCUAGCAUGACAGAUUUCUUCUCAAAAGCUUUUCUUCCUCAGGAGUAUUAAUUUUCUCAGCUAGAUGCUGCAAAUUCAGUGAAACUAAAGGGAUACUUGAAAGUUACUUUCUACUGCUAAGAAAACGUGAGGCUACGUGCACUGGAUGUGUCCUUGGGAAAAUCUUUUGGGAACAACCUUAUUUAACUGUAGAGUAAGUUUCCUAUUAUGAAAUAAGUAAAGGUAGAAAAAUAACAGCCUGUUGUUACUUAAGGAUACUCCUGGCAUAAAUUACUAAAAGUGGUAUGUAUAUAUUUGGGAUAGAAAGGAAAUAAAUUAUGUUUAAUAAUAGCUUAAGAUGAUGAGAAAUGCCUUUGUCCAUGUUUGGCAGAAAACCCAGUGCAUUGAAACUUAACCUUUUCACGGGUAGCUGAAAAUGGGACUCUUUUGGUAUAGCAGUUGUUUUUUUAAGUUAUUUACUGUCAAUAUAUAUAUAGCUAAAUAGGGUUUUUCUAAAAAAAUUAUAAGAAAUUUAAGAUAAAAGUUAUUUUAAAAAGAAAAUUACCAUAAAGUUAUAUCUACAUGUACUUUUUGUGAGGAGAUAGAUAAUAUAAUAGUACCACAUGUAAGUAAGGGUCAAAAACUUUGAUAUUUAUGUGCAUAUGCAAAUUAAAAUAAUUAGAUAUAUGCAUAUGCAAAUUAAAAUAAUUAGAGACGUUACCUAGUAAGUCAUGUUGUACUAGGUACAUGACGCUGGUUGGCCAUCCUUAAUCCAAAAUUUUGAGUCAAGUUUUAUGAUAGAAGUGGAAAAUCCCAGUGAACGUUUAUUUUGUAUAUAAAAGCAUUAAGCCUAUUGUGUGAAGCUACCCUUGGGCUAUGCAGGUCCGAUGUAUAAAAAGCACAAAUGUCUCAAUUAGAUUUGGGUUCCAUCCUCAAGAUAUUUCAUUAUGUAUAUUUAAAUAUUUUAAUGUCUAGAAAAAGUAAAACCAUGGAUACUCUGGUCCAGAGCUGUUCACAUGAGGGAGAGCCGACCUGUAGUUUAACAGCCUAGGUAAGACUCAUUCUGCCCACGAUGGCCAGGGGGACCUCAGGGAGGCCUCGGGUGAAGGGCAGAUGCCAGCACUGCCCGUUCCUCUCGGUUCUCCUUCCAUUCCUGCCCUGAAGUUCUAACUGCCGAGCCUCACCUUCAUAGAAGGUCUUCACUGCCAGUGUGGGCAUCUUGGGCAUGUUACAGGACUACAGAUUAAAUAUAAGUUGAGCACCCUGCCCUUCUACCUAUCACCCCAGCUUCUGCCGAUGACCCAUGCUGUUUUAAGGGACUGUACGGAGAACACUCAGCCAAGUCAUGAUCCAGUUCGUCAUGAAGAGACUCUAUGAAGGGUGGUGCUUCCGGUUUCCGGUUUCCGGUUUUCAGCAACUAGAUAACAAGGGAAAAUUUGCACACUGACUUUUCAUUUAUCCUAAAAGCUACUAGCACCUUUAUGUACAAAACAAUGUAACUGUGUGUGUGUGUGUGUGUGUGUGUGUGUGUGUGUGUAUGCAUGCUCUGUGCAUAUGGAAAUAACUACACAGGCUAUUUUGCUGAUGUGUGCGGUAUACAUAUGGAAAUAUUUGCACAGGCUACCUUGUUGAUGUGCCCAUGUCACUGGUCUCCCUUUUAUCGAAAAUCUAAGAAUAGAAUAAUCUAUUCUUUGAGGCCUCUUCCAAUAUUAGUCUUUUCUAAAGUGAUUUUUAGUAGGUCAUAAUUUGGUAUAUACUAACCUACUCAUCUCUGAAGAUUGACUUUGCUUAUAAAUUGUUUUUUUUUAAUUGGCCACCUAGCAUUAAUACCUCUACAGGAAUCACAUUUAGGAUAUAAACUGAUACUCAUCUUCAGUUGAGGUUCUUAUGGGGGGGGGUGGGAAUCACAGAGUGGUUUUGUUUGUUUGUUUGUUUGCUUGUUUGUUUUUUGAGACAGGGUUUCUCUGUGUAGCCCUGGCUGUCCUGGAACUCACUCUGUAGACCAGGCUGGCCUCGAGCUCAGAAAUCCGCCUGCCUCUGCCUCCCAAGUGCUGGGAUUAAAGGCAUGUGCCACCUCUGCCUGGCUCACAGAAUGUUUUUUUUUUUUUGUUUGUUUUGUUUUUUGUUGUUGUUGUUGGUUUUUUUUACAUUUGGUUUUUUCGAGGCAGGGUUUCUCUGUGUAGCCCUGGCUGUCCUGGCACUCACUCUGUAGACCAGGCUGGCCUCGAAUUCAGAAAUCCGCCUGCCCUCUGCCUCCCAGAGUGCUGGGAUUACAGGCGUGCGUCACAGCCGCUCGGCUCAGAAUGUUUUUUUAAAACCUGAUAUUUUUGUUCCUCCUUGAGUGACAGCCAUCUUCUCAAGGUGCUGGGCACGGAACCCCAGGCCUUACAUGCUUGGCAAGUGCUUUACCCCCGAGCAACCCCCGAACCUCCAUUCCUGGUCUCUUCUGCACCAUUUAAAGGUGGGAACUAUAUUUUGACUUUAUCUACCUCUGAGAAAGAGGAAAAUGUAAUUAUUCACAGAGUUUCUCAAAAUGGCAUUUCUUGUCCCAAACUAUGAGCCAAAUUCUGCAGAAAUCGUGGUCAGUAAAUGGGGGCAGAUGUCUGAAGAGGUCUCAAAGAUGCAAAGAGAACAUGGGGGCAGAGGGGCCACCCACGUGUCUGGUGACAGAUGUGAGAUUCAUUGUUCUUUAGGGUUUUAUUCUUACAGGUGUGUGGCUCUCUCCAGCCUGAUCUCUUCAGCCUCAGACAGCCUGGCUUCGCUUUCCCGUGUUAUGAAAAGGUCACACUUUGGAAUACUGAAGGGAAGUCCUGAGGUGUUGCCGAGUGCGGUGAGCACCUCUUGGUGUUUUCACGUUCAUUUGUGAGGAUUCGUCGACUUACCGAAUGACCAACGGAAUGUUUUGUGCAUGACCUUUUAACCUUUGAUUUUUGCCAAUUCCCCACUGCAAAGGGGAAGGCAGAUUUUAUGAAGAGUUUUAAGAAUAAAUACAUUUUAUAGAAUGAAAACCCAGUAUGAUAACUGGGGAAGUUUAUUUAUGCUUGCAAUCUUGUUUGGAAAUAAAAUGGGUCCAUCUGGAAA